GAAAUGUGGGAUCAGGAAAAACAUCAUUUAUCCACAUUUGAUGAAAUUAUUUCACGAUAUAGAGUCAGACCAGCUUUCUUGCGUCCCAUUUGGGAAGCAACUGGUUUUCUUUUAGGUGCAGGGACCGCAUUUGAAUUGAUAAAGCUUAAAAACAGUGAGGAAAUCUCGGAGCUCUCUCAGAUAAUUCAAAAAUUUUGCGAUGAUGAAUUACACCAUCUUGAUACCGCAGUUGAUCAUGAUGCUCAAAAGGCACCACUUCAUGGCCCAUUGACUGUUAUAAUCAAUAAUGGAUGCAAAGUAGCAAUAUG